AUGGCAAACAAAUUAAGACCAAAGAAAUUAAAGGCCCCCUACAGGGUCUACGUAGCCGGUGAAGGCUUUAGUAAAGUGGAAUUUUCUAGAAUAAGAAACCAAACGACUGAACUUGAAGGUGAAACAAGUGAAGAUGAUUCUGUCGUUUCAAUAUCUUCAAAUGAUGUCUUUCCUCUACAAAAGAUGGAUUUACCAUGGGAAAUACAAAAGAAUAUCAUCUUCUUCUUAGAUGAUAUAAAAGUUUCGUAUCUUUCUGUGUGUAAAUCAUGGUAUAGUAUCUGUCUACCUAUAUUAUAUUAUAAACCAAUCUUAAAUCCACACAACUUCAACAAGUUUGUAAGUACAAUCAUAUCUGAUCGUAAGAGACCAAUAGGAAAUAACGUUAUAGAACUCGAUCUCUCUACUAUUCUACAAAGUGGUAAAAACUCAAACGUUUCAAAAAUUUUACGACGGUGUUCAAAAAAUUUACUGAAAUUUACUGCCCCACAAACAAGUUUCGGUUACUCUCCAUUAAUUUCAUUGAAAUCAUGUAUAAAUCUCAAAUAUCUCGACCUGGGCUUAGUCUCAGAAACUGUCAAAUUGAAAGAAUUAUUUCAAGCUAUACAAAAUUUUAAAAAUUUAACUCAUUUGGCGUUCCCAAGAUCUUCUAUCAACUGCGAAGGUCAUCAAGAAUUCGUUUGGCCAUCAAAUUUACAAUAUUUAAAAUUAUCAGGUGGUAUCACUAAAGAAUUUUUAAACGAAACUAAAAUGUGGCCUAAAUCUAUAAAAACUUUAGAAUUUUCAUAUUGUCCACUAAUUGAUGAUUCUGCAGUGUAUUCCAUACUAUCGCAAAUUGGAUACAAUUUGGAUAAUCUAUAUUUCCAUUAUCCAAUGCCUUUACUCACUGAUAAUUCGCUGGAUUUCAUCUUUUGUUACUGUACAAAUUUGAUUUCCAUACAAUUAAUCGUCGAUUACGUCUCUAAAUGGUGUUUCUCAGAAAACAUGUUGUUUAAAAUCAAUGACAGACCUCUACGUAACAUAAUGCUCGAUUGUUCCGGUUCUCUGGGACUCGCACGUAAGAUUCAUCCAGAUGAUUUCACCAUUGCCCUCCUAGAGAAGAGAUUACCAAAUUUAGAAAAAAUCUCAAUCAACUCAAAACUAGGCUGGGAUUUGAAAUCUGAAGACGUUAACGAUCUUGUAAAUGCCCUCGAAGAGCAAGAUGGUGGUCUCUAUCUAAACUACUGA